AUGGAACGGACGUGGCAAUCUAAGGAUGUUUCUCUUUCUUUCCUCAUCUUCUUUCUUCUCCAUUUCUGUUUGUUUCUCGUGAAUGUUCCUCAAUCAUCUUUUUCAUCAUCGUGUCUCUCUCUUUCUAAGCGGAACCGUGACGCCGGUGCUUCGUCGUCUUCUGCCGUUCAGAUUGGUCGUCGUCGGAAGUGUCGACGUUUCGAUGGCCUUUCCGUUCUACCUGAGUACAUUGAUAAUGGUGACUGUACCUGGGUGUGUGAAUAUUGCAGUUCGUUUUUCUGGUACGUCGAGAAGGCUCCUAAUAUGUCCACAUUUACUCACCCAAGGUAUACCCAUUGCUGUAGAGGUGGUAGCGUUGUUCUUCCGUGUCCGUCUAGGUUUCCGUCUCAGUUUAUUCGCCUGUAUGAAAGUCAGAAAAUUUUAAACGAUGUUAGGGCUUACAAUAGUAUGUUUUCAAUGACUUCUUCUGGGGCAAAUGUGGAUGAUGACGUCAAUCAUAGUCGUGGCCCAUAUGUUUUUAAGAUCACGAGGUUGAAAAUCGGUUUAGCUGAAAGUAAUGAAUACGUUCGGACCUUCAAGAACGCAAAGCAGAUAGCUGAAGAAAUGGAUUUGGAAUCUUAUGUUGUCCGACUAUUCAAUCACAUUCAGGAUCGUAGAUAUGACCUUCCUUUACCUGGGUCGUUAGGAUGUAUAGUCACUGGUGAUGAUACAACAUCUACCACAUAUGACAUAAUUAUUCACUCACAACAGGGUCAUCCACAGCGCAUCAGUAAGCUCCAUCCCAACUAUAUGCCUCUACAAUAUCCUCUUUUGUUCCCUUUUGGUGAGGAGGGUUGGUCUCCCUGUUUAAAGCUUGGCAAUCGGAGGGGUGCGAAUGCUCAGAAUCUAACUCAAUAUUUGGUGGAUGUGUAUACGUGUAUAGAGGAAAGUCGGUUGGAUUACAUUGUAAGGCAUCAAUCAAAUCUUCGUUCGGAUUGUGUUAGUGGCCUAUACGAUGCGCUUUCCAAGGGUGAUAGAGAUGCAGGGUCCAUUGGAAAAUGGGUUUUUUUGCCAGCAUCAUUCACCGGAGGUCCCUGUUUCAUGUACAGUCAUUAUCUAGACGCUCUAUCCAUAUGUAGGGUGUAUGGUAAUCCAUAG